AUGGUGGCUAUUGUUGUGUCCCUGGCGUCUACGCUUAUUGCUGUUACUUCACCUUCAUAUUCUUCCUCGUUCUUGACGAAAUUACGGUCUUCCCCAAGUUUGCGACUUUCUUUAGCAGUUACACCCCUGUGUUCUCGCAGAGGGAAGCUCAUGGCUCACACUCUUGCUCGGGCCACUCUCGGCCUCACUUUCCCUUCUUGCCUUGACGCCCCAAAGAUCUCUUUCGCUGCAAAAGACAUCGAUGUAACGGAAUGGAAAGGAGACCUACUUGCAGUUGGCGUCACAGAGAAAGACUUGGCAAAAGAUGAGAACUCCAAGUUUCAAAAUUCAAUCUUGAAGAAUCUAGAUUCCCGUUUGGGUGGUCUCUUGGCUGAAGCCUCUUCUGAGGAAGACUUCACAGGAAAGUCUGGCCAGUCAACAGUUGUAAGGCUUCCAGGUCUUGGAUCAAAGAGGAUUGGCUUGUUUGGGCUUGGACAAUCUGCUUCAUCUACAGCAGCUUUCCGAGGUCUCGGGGAGGCUGCAGCGACAGCAGCAAAGGCUACUCAAGCAAGUGACCUUGCUGUUGUGCUUGCCUCUUCCGAGGGGCUUUCUGCAAAAUCUAACACAGCUUCUGCAAUAGUAUCUGGAACUGUGUUGGGGAUUUAUGAAGAUAGUAGGUAUAAAUCAGAGUCGAAGAAAUCAGCUCUAAAAUCUGUGGACAUUCUUGGUCUUGGAACUGGACCUGAAGUAGAGAAGAAGCUCAAGUAUGCUGAAGAUGUUACUUCUGGAAUAAUUUUUGGGAAAGAACUAGUAAACUCACCCGCCAAUGUUCUUACACCUGGGAAACUUGCUGAAGAGGCCUCAAAGAUUGCUUCCACGUACAGUGAUGUUCUAUCUGCAAAAAUAUUAAAUGAAGAGCAAUGCAAAGAACUGAAAAUGGGCUCUUAUUUGGCUGUUGCUGCAGCCUCAGCAAAUCCUCCACAUUUUAUUCACUUGAUUUACAAACCCCCGGGUGGACCUGCUAAGGUCAAAUUAGGAUUGGUUGGUAAAGGGCUGACCUUUGACAGUGGUGGCUACAACAUCAAGACAGGGCCUGGCUGUUCAAUUGAACUCAUGAAAUUUGAUAUGGGAGGUUCCGCAGCUGUAUUAGGUGCAGCAAAAGCCAUUGGUCAAAUCAAACCUCCUGGUGUAGAGGUUCAUUUCAUUGUUGCAGCUUGUGAGAACAUGAUAAGUGGAACAGGUGUGAGGCCUGGAGACAUUGUGACAGCAUCAAAUGGAAAGACAAUUGAGGUCAAUAACACUGAUGCUGAAGGUAGACUUACUCUGGCAGAUGCAUUGGUAUAUGCUUGUAACCAAGGUGUUGAGAAGAUUGUUGACCUGGCAACCUUAACUGGUGCCUGCGUAGUUGCUCUUGGACCCUCAAUAGCAGGUGUCUUUACACCUAGUGAUGACCUGGCAAAAGAGGUAUUUGCAGCUUCGGAGCUCAGUGGGGAGAAAUUUUGGAGGUUGCCAUUGGAGGAGAGUUAUUGGGAGUCGAUGAAAUCGGGAAUAGCUGAUAUGGUCAACACGGGUGGUCGUCCAGGUGGUUCAAUAAGUGCUGCUCUCUUCUUGAAACAGUUUGUUGAUGAAAAGGUUGAGUGGAUGCAUAUUGACAUGGCUGGGCCUGUUUGGAGUGACAAGAAGCGCACUGCUACAGGGUUUGGUGUUUCCACUCUGGUGGAGUGGGUUCUGAAAAACUCUGCUUAG